AUGUUUAAAUUCUUGAAAGGUGUGGUGGCCGGAUCUGGUACCGGCAUUAAAGAUCUGCCAUACAACAUCGGGGAGCCUUAUUCUUCUGCUUGGGGUUCUUGGGUACACUAUCGUGGCACUUCCAAGGAUGAUGGGGCUCCCGUGUCAAUAUUCACCCUGCAAGGAAGUAAUGCAAAUGAUGGUCACUUGGUUGCUGGUCGUAAUGGUGUCAAGCGGUUACGUACAGUCAGGCAUCCAAAUAUUCUUUCAUUUCUUCACAGCACCGAGGCUGAAACUUUUGAUGGUUCUGCGACAAAGGUUACUAUCUAUAUAGUUACCGAGCCUGUUAUGCCCUUGUCAGAAAAGAUCAAGGAAUUAGGAUUGAAAGGCACCCAAAGAGAUGAGUAUUUUGCUUGGGGACUGCACCGGAUAGCUAAAGCUGUUAGCUUCUUGAAUAAUGACUGUAAACUAGUUCAUGGUAAUGUAUGUAUGGCUAGUGUUGUUGUCACUCAAACUUUGGACUGGAAGCUGCAUGCUUUUGAUGUUCUGUCCGAAUUUGAUGGGAGUAACGAAGUUUCAACUGGACCGAUGCUGCAAUAUGAGUGGCUUAUUGGCUCACAAUACAAACCUAUGGAGCUGCAGAAAUCUGACUGGAAAUUAGUUAGGCAAUCUCCGCCUUGGGCCAUUGAUUCCUGGGGUUUGGGUUGUUUUAUUUAUGAACUUUUCUCUGGUACCAAGUUGAUGAAAUCAGACGAAUUGCGUGAUACUGCUUCUAUACCAAAGUCUCUACUUCCAGAUUAUCCACGGCUCUUGAGUUCUACUCCCUCUCGCAGGUUAAAUUCGUCCAAGCUUUUAGAAAGUGAAUAUUUCCAGAAUAAGUUGGUUGAUACUAUCCAUUUCAUGGAAAUACUUAAUUUAAAGGACAGUGUGGAAAAGGACACUUUCUUCCGUAAGCUUCCUAGUCUAUCAGAGCAGCUUCCUCGUGAGAUUGUUCUCAAAAAGUUACUUCCUUUGCUGGCAUCGGCGUUAGAGUUUGGUUCGGCUGCUGCACCUGCUUUGACAGCAUUUCUCAAACUGGGAUCUUGGGUCUCUACGGAAGAAUAUGGUUCCAAGGUGCUACCUACAGUGGUGAAACUGUUUGCAUCGAAUGAUCGGGCAAUUCGAGUUGGUUUAUUGCAGCACAUUGAGCAAUUUGGUGAAUCAUUAUCUUCACAAAUUGUUGAUGAGCAGGUUUAUCCUCAUAUUGCAACGGGCUUUUCUGACACGUCGGCCUUUCUCAGGGAAUUGACUCUUAAGUCCAUGCUAGUUCUAGCUCCUAAGCUAUCUCAACGUACUAUAUCAGGAUCCUUGUUGAAGUAUCUCUCAAAGCUACAGGUUGAUGAAGAGCCAGCAAUCAGAACAAACACUACUAUAUUACUCGGAAACAUUGCAAGUCAUCUUAAUGAAGGGAUGAGGAAAAGGGUUCUGAUAAAUGCAUUUACAGCCCGUGCUUUACGUGACACAUUUUCACCCGCCAGAGGAGCAGGUAUUAUGGCUUUAUGUGCCACUAGCUCUUACUAUGAUGCGACUGAGAUUGCAACUCGAAUUCUGCCUAAUCUUGUUGUCUUGACCAUUGAUCCUGACAGUGAAGUUCAAUCAAAAGCAUUCCAAGCGGUGGAGCAGUUUCUGCAAAUAGUGAAGCAACAUCAUGAUAAGGCAAAUGCAGGUGAUGUAACAGGGACAGCAACUGCUGGAAGUUUUCAUCUUCCCGGGAAUGCUGGUUUACUUGGAUGGGCUAUGAGCUCUUUGACUUCGAAAGGAAAACCUAAUGAACAGGCUCACGAUUCUUCUGUAAAUUCUGGCGUGCCUCAUAGUUCUAUGGGCUCUAAUACUUCUUCAGUGGACGGUGCUAGUCUAACGCCAGUUAAUACAAGUACUAGUAGUAUUGCCUUGAAUCAACCUGAACCUGUUUCCCCGUCGUCGACUGAUGGAUGGGGAGAACUUGAAAAUGGAAUUGAUGUCGAUCAAGAAAAUGACAAGGAAGGAUGGGAUGAUAUCGAGCCUCUAGAAGAUCCAAAACCUUCUCCCGUUCUUGCAAACAUUCAAGCAGCUCAGAAGCGGCCCGUUGUACAGCCAAAGCAACAAGGUGCGAGUUUGCAGCCAAAAGUUGCAUCAAAAGCGAGCAAAGUUGAAGAUGACGAUUUGUGGGGAUCCAUAGCUGCCCCUCCUCCGAAAUCGACGUCUAAACCUUUGAGAUCAACAAGUAGUGAAGCAAUAGUUGACAACGACCCAUGGGGUGCCAUUGCUGCCCCAGUGCCAAAGACUUCAUUAAAACCUACCAGCUCCAGAUCAAGUGAUUCUUUAGCAGAUAGUGAUGACCCUUGGGCAGCCAUUGCAGCUCCUCCCCCUACCACAAGAGCAAAGCCUCUAUCUGCUGGAAGAGGCCGAGGAAACAAGCCUGCUCCCAAACUGGGUGCUCAAAGGAUAAACAGAACGUCGUCUGGGAUGUAA